UCCACACUGGGGAGAGGCCCUACUCUUGUGCCUACUGUGGGAACAGCUUUCGGCAGCGUGCCCAUCUUAUCCGGCACCAGCGCAUCCACACUGGGGAGCGUCCCUAUGUUUGUGCAGGGUGCGGGAAGAGCUUCAGUGAGAACUCAGCGCUCUUCCGGCACCAGCAGACCCACAGGGGUGGGGAGCCCUAGGUGGGGUUGUCUAAUCUCCAGCAUUAACCAGCAAUACCAGCUGCAAUGGAGAGCACAGAGAGGGGAGAAGGGGAAAUGUUGCACUAUGAGGAAACAGAAGAUGAUAAUGUCAAGUGAGUCCUGUCUCACAAUGUGGCACAGACAGUAUUGGGCCCCCGGAGCGGAGCCGGAGAUGCUCAUCCACAUGGAUCAGGAGGAGGAAGUGCGGAUGUCCCGUCUCCGCUCCUGCGAAGGGAAGAGUGCUCUGAGCGGCACCUCAGGCCUGAGCAGUCUGUGGCUUCAGGAGCUUCUGAACUACACACAUAAUGUCUCAAGAUGUAUCUUCUUGCCUUCUCAAGGUGAAGUUGCGGUUGUGAGCACGAUUGAAGACAAUGCCCAUCAAGGCAUCCCCAGCCCAGUGGAGCCCAAGGGUUUAUGCUCAGGACUGUCAGAGGAGAAGAGUUCCCAGGGUCCUGCACAGAACCCUGUUCCCCCACGCAGGUCAGAGAGGAUUCAAAGAUCCAAGAGCUUCCAGGUGAGCUCCAACCUCAUCCAGCGUCGGAGAAUCCACACCAGAGAAAAGCCCUUCACCUGCACCAGAUGUGGGGAGAGUUUCCAGCACCGGUCACAUCUCAUCCAGCACCAGCAGGUGCACACUGGGGAGAAACCCUAUGAGUGCUCUGAGUGCGGGAAGAGCUUCAGUGAGCGCUCAAAACUGAUCCGGCACCAGGUAACCCACACUGGAGAGAAGCCCUACAAGUGUGCUGAGUGUGGGAAGAGCUUCUUGAAGAACUCACGGCUCAUCCUGCACCGUCGGGUGCACACAGGGGAGAAGCCCUACAAGUGCGCUGAGUGCGGCAAGAGCUUCUCCAGGAAAGAACUGCUGAUCAAGCACCAUCGGGUGCACAGUGGGGAGAAACCCUACGAGUGCAGAACCUGCGGGAAGAGGUUCAGCGUGAGCUACAGACUUACCCAGCACCAGUUCACCCACACCAGGGAGAAGCCGUACAAGUGUGCCGAGUGCGGGAAGACCUUCUCGAACAGCUCUCGGCUCCUCCAGCACCAGCGGGUGCACACAGGGGAGAGACCCUACGAGUGCAGGACCUGCGGGAAGAGCUUCCGUGUGAGCUCAAACCUUAUCCAGCACCAGAUAACCCACACCGGGGAGAAGCCCUACAAGUGUGCUGAGUGCGGGAUGAGAUUCAGUGUGCGCUCAAGCCUGAUCCAGCACCAGGUAACCCACACCGGAGAGAAGCCCUACAGGUGUGCUGAGUGCGGGAAGGGUUUCUCCAAGAAAGGGCAGCUUAUCGAACACCAGCGGGUACACACUGGGGAGAAACCCUAUGAGUGCAGGACCUGUGGGAAGAGCUUCAGCGUAAGCUCGACUCUCAUCCGGCACAAGGUAACUCACACCGGGGAGAAGCCCUACAAGUGUGCUGAGUGCGGGAAGAGCUUCUCCAACAGCUCUCACCUCCUCCAGCACCAGUGGGUGCACACUGCGGAGAAACCCUACAAGUGCAGGAGCUGCGGGAAGAGCUUCUGUGUGAGCUCAUCCCUUAAACGACACCAGCAGAUGCACACGAGUUAGAAGCUGUUCAAGUGUGCUGAGUGUGUGUCCUGCGUUCAACAGUAGCACGCAUUUUUUCUCCUUCUUGGUAGCUGGUGCAGUGCUGUGUUUUGACUUUCAGGCUGGGAACAUUGGUGAUAGCACAUACGGUUUUUGUUACUGCUGAGGUGUUGUAUUCUCUUCACUUGUUAUUUC